UGUGGUGAAUCCGCCUUGCCUGACGAUAAAAACGGUAACACGGUUGCAAAAUGGUGCACAGUUCCAGUCUAAACGAAAGCCUACGGUGCCGAUUUGGCGAGAACUGUUGAGGAGAGGAACCGGUAAACAUAUCGCACCGGACCGUGUCGGGUCGAGAAUCUUCGCUCUGUCGCGGCCAGUCGCGCACCAACACACACCCCGCGACCUCUUGGUACCUCCUGGAACCAGCGGGACCGCCACCGAGCACCGGACAACACUGUAUGAUGAGAGGACGACGGAUUCCGAUCGCACUACCGAACACUGGUGCACUGUCCCGCAGACGACACACGCUCUACAUCCGUUCCGCCAUCAUUGUAUUCAUUCUGUUUGCGUUUCUACAGUUCCACGUGAUAAACUAUGACUCCUCCGACGGUGGAUCCAGCGACAGUACCAACUAUUCGACGGCAGCGAUCCUGCAGAUGGUGCCACCGGUGUUUCAUAAAUAUUUGACCGGAAAGGCCCGCAACGCAACGCACGCUCAAAACGGCACCCACUUCGGUAGCGACGGCCCCCGGACGGCCAACAUCAGUGAGAUCCUGCGCAUGAUACACCGCUACAACGAGCUGCAGACGGUCCUGAACGAGGACAUCUACGGUCCAUUACAAAAUGAUUCUGUGAUAAUAGUAGUGCAGGUACACAAACGAAUAACUUACUUACGGCACUUAAUUGUAAGUUUGGCCCAGGCAAGAGACAUUUCGCGCACGUUACUCGUCUUCUCGCACGAUCACUACGAUGACGAAAUCAACGAUCUGGUGCAGAGCAUAGACUUCUGCAAAGUGAUGCAGAUUUUCUAUCCCUUCUCGAUACAAACGCAUCCGAGUGAGUUCCCCGGUGCCGAUCCGGGCGAUUGCCCAAGGGAUAUUAAAAAGGAGCAGGCGUUGUUGCGAAAGUGCAACAAUGCACUCCACCCCGACCUGUACGGCCACUACCGGGAGGCCAAGUUCACCCAAACCAAACACCACUGGUGGUGGAAGGCGAAUCGAGUGUUUGACCAGCUGGAGGUCACAAAGUACCACACGGGUAUGGUAGUGUUCCUGGAGGAAGACCACUACGUGGCGGAAGACUUCCUCUACAUCCUGGAGCUGAUGUUCCGGAAGUCGCAGGAUCUGUGCCCGAAGUGCAACAUACUGUCGCUGGGCACGUAUCUCAAAACGUUCAACUACUACACGUACAACAAGAAGCACCAGCAGCAGCAGAAGCUCCUGCAGCAGCAGCGCCAGCUACAGCAGCAACAGUUGCUGCAAAAGCAGCAACUAAAGCGCCAACAGGAGCAGCAGCAGCAGCAGCAACCGGACCAGCAAGAGUCGGGCCAGCCGCAGGUGACGACCGAAAAGUAUGCAUCGCAGUCGCAGUGGGGCUACCAGGUGCUGCCGACACUGUACUCGAUCUAUCAGAAGGUCGAGGUAACGCCGUGGGUCAGCAGCAAGCACAACAUGGGCAUGGCGUUCAACCGGACCACGUGGUACGAGGUGAUGCGCUGUGGGCGCCACUUUUGCGAGUACGACGACUACAACUGGGACUGGUCGCUGCAGCACGUCUCGCAGCAGUGCCUGAAGCAGAAGCUGCACGUGAUGGUCGUGAAGGGCCCCCGGGUGUUCCACAUCGGCGAAUGCGGCGUGCACCACAAGAAGAGCAACUGCGAAUCGAACCAGGUGAUAUCGAAGGUGCAGCAGGUACUGAAAGUGGCCCGCGGUUCCCAGCAGCUGUUUCCGCGCUCGAUCUCCCUCACGCAGACGAGCGUGAUCAAGAAGACGAAACUGCGCAAGGGCAACGGUGGCUGGGGUGACCAGCGUGACCAUCAGCUGUGCUUCAACAUGACGCUCGUGGGGAGGUAAUAAACUAUAGCGUCAUCGGAGCCGAGUCCUUCCAGCCGCCGCCGGCACGCACAUUCCGCGUUUUAUUUCCGCAAUACAACGACUGUUGUGAACACUCGGCCAAGGAGCCGACAGGACGCCGCCGCCGCCUCGUGGCGGCGGAUCGGUUUAACAACAGAGCUAAACCAAAAUAACAUCCUGUGUUACUUUUGUAGAAGAAGCAAUGCAAUGAAAUUAGGUUGGUUAGGUUAGGUUGCUUACAAACCGUGUACAUUCUGUUUGAGUUCACGGGCUCAGCCGGCUCAGUCGGCUAGGUUUUAACCGAACGUUACCAAAAACUGGCGCUCCACAAGCGUGUGUGCGGGGCGCCUUACCAAGACACAAGUAUUAGAGUUAGAUUUUAUAACAGUGUAAGACACAGGAACACAGUGGAAUCAUCGAAGUCGGGUAGGAGACACGUACCCUGGAGCUAGCUACCAAACUAUUUAAUUUUUUCCCCUAUCGUUGUUAUGUUGUAAUCAGUCAAGCUA